AUGGAGGACGAUAACAUUUCUUCUGUGUUCGAGCCUCUGUUCAUCAAAGAGGAGGAUGGGGAUCCGAACAGAACCCUCUUGGAACAAAAAGGGUACAAGGCGACUCCAUCUGGACUCACCUGCAAGGGAACGCAGCUGAAUCAAACGGCUUUAAUCAAGCCAUACUUGCAGGAGAUGGAUGAGUUACUGAAAAGCUGUGAGGAGCUCAUCGGUGUCCCUUUCGGCUCUCACUUCUCAGCGAGUCACAAUGAAACAAGCUUGACUGAAUCGACUCGUAGCCACGGCAAUGAAGAAGGUACAUUGGAGAGAUAUGGAGAAACAAGCGUUUCCUCCCAAGCGUAUCUUUCCACAAGCUACAUGGACACCCACAUGGAUCCGGCCGAAACAGAAAACCCGCCACCACAAGAACAGACGCAAAUCUGGAGCAACAGGUGUGGAGCGACCUCUGUAGCGUCUCGCCAAAAGGAAAUGCCUCUCACUUCGGCGGGAAACAAGCUGAGUGAAACCAUGGUGGCGUACGAGGGUGAGCUCUUGGGGAUGCUGGCCAGGCUGGAGAGCUCUAUGGAAGAGUCUGGGAUGGACUUUGAGCCCCAAGAUGCAAGCCAAGAGUAUGUGCACAUCAGUAAGAAUCCUCCUAUUUACAGCGGUCCGACAAUGGCGCCCGUUGAGCAAGGGAGGCGGAUGACGUUGGAGACCCAGCCGAUGCAGUACGAAUCCUGGGCUGGUCAACAUGCAGGGAGAGAAAAGAUCUCAAAGGAGAGCAGAAAUGAGGAAACAGUGGGUUCUGCAGCAAAUGCAGGCUUGCAGAAUCAUGUGCUUUGCUGUGAGAACAUGGGUGGUUUCUCAAUGAACACAGACCAUGGAGUUCUUGAUGCUCACUUCACGUUUUCAAGGCCAUCGAUGCCAUUAGACAGCACAGAAAAUGAUCCAAUGUGCUGUGAAGCGACAAAGGCGGGAUACAUGUCUACUAAUGAAGGCUCGUACAUGAAGGGAGACGUAGCUGGGAUUGAAGUGGAUGAAGCUGAAGAGCUCAAGAUGGACACCAUUGAUCCUGGAUCUGGUAUGAAUGAAUUAGACGCACUAGGGUGUCAGAUGGAGGAGUGCAUAGAGGAGGUACAGCGGUUGGAAAGGAGGAGGAAGGAGCUGCUGACGGAGGUGCUGGAGCUGAGAGGGAAUAAAGACAGAGAGGAGGCAGCGGGGAAGGACGAAGAGGAAGAGGAGACGGGGGAGCGCAUUGAGAGCAAAGUGGUGGAGCUGAUGAUUGUAUUUAAGAAGGAGGAAGAGGGGAGGAGAGAGGAGAGGAAGAAGGAGAUUCAGAGCUUGAGGGAGCAGCGAGCGGAGGAGGAGAGGAUGCUGUGGAAGGUGAACCUGGAGAGACAGGGGCUUCACGAGGAGCUCAGGAGGCUGAAGAGGAGGCUGUUCGCCGUGGCUAGGGACUGCGCUCACAACCAGGCCGCCCUGAACACCCAGCACCGCGAGGUGGAGCUGCUGAGGAGAGAAGAGGAGAAGCUGCAGUCGCUGAUGCUCCAGCUGACGGAGGAGGGAUCUCGGCUCAGGGCGGCUCAACAGCAGCAGCUCUUAGACCUUCAAGCAGCGCUUCAGGCCCAGACCUCCAGUCAGACCUCCAGCACCCAGGAUGAGCUGACCGCGUGCAGGAGGCACUCCUGUGGAGACAUCCAGCAGUAUCUGCAGGGGGGGCUGAAAUUGCUGGAGGACAGGUAUGAACCACUUUUGCUCACAUUGCUGAAGAGAAGGGAGGCAACAGCCGAAGCCCUGCUGAAAGCCAAAGAUCAGGCCCGGGAGCUGAAGGCCCAGCUGAGACCCCUGAAGGAGGAGAUCCAAAGGCUGACUCUCCAGAGGGCCUGUCUGGAGGAGAAACUCAAACUAAUUCACUUUCAACGGAGAGAGGAGGCGGGGCAGUAUAAGGAGACGGUGUCCUGUCUGGAGGAGAGCUGCAGAGAGCUGAAGACAGAGUUAAAGAUCCAGAAGAGAAAAACCAAAGAGAUAGAGGACCUGAGAGACAGCCUCAACAAACAACUAAAUCUUUACAGGGCUGCCAUUGAGGACCAUCACAAGGGUGACGACGAGGAGACGACAUGA